AUGUCCGGCGGGCCUUCUGAUGUUGGGAAGAUAGAGAAUAAUCCAGACUCCUUUAAGUUUUACGGUCGGCGCUCCUAUGCCUUCGAGACUCUUGACAAGGAGAACAGAGAGCGCAUUGAUAACCUUAGAAAGAUUCAGAGAGACCUUGAUGAAAUAAAGGCAGGGUUUCACAAAGAGAGAUCAAAACUUGAAGCCAGCUUUCUGGACUCUUGUGAACCUCUGUACCUCCAGAGAUACAAUAUUGUGAAUGGUGUGGUCAAAAAUACUGGAAUUACUACUGAUGUUGUGGAUCGAGAGGAAAAUGCUGCAGGAGCUACAUCAGUGAACCAAACCAAAAAAAGGAAAAAGGGAAAGGGGUGCCUAGUUUCUGGUCAUAUGCUCUGAAAGGCUGUGACGACGUAUAUGACAUGAUUACAGAACAAGAUGAAGGAGCUCUCAAACAUCUUACAGACAUCAAAUGGUCCAGGAUACAAAAAGGAUUCAGGCUUGAAUUCCAUUUCAGCACUAAUCCCUUCUUCGAAAACCCCGUCUUGACCAAGACGUAUCACAUGACUGAUGAAG